GAUUUUUCAUUGCCGAUGCUAUAUAGUGUGCUUGACACAGGAAACUUCUUUGUCAUCCCUGGAUCACCAAAAGAUGUUUGGGCUGCUGAAAGCUACAAUAGGACCCAUUCCAAAUCCCAGUUAAGGGAGGAAUAUGGUUUUGAUAAAGAUGACAAACUUGUUCUAGUUGUCGGAAGUUCAUUCCUCUACAAUAAGCUAUCAUGGGAUUAUGUUUUACCAAUGCGAGAGAUGGAACCUUUGCUAAUAAAGUACACAGGAUUGAACAAUAUGAGUGAUAAACUAAAAUUCAUGUUUCUAUCUGGAAACACUACUGAUGGAUAUAUUUCAGUCAUGGCGAGCCACUGGGAGGCAGGUCUCUUUAACUAAAAGGGCAGAAUAGGCUUUGGAAGAAACAAUACAUGAAAACACUAAAGGAGAUGUUAUAUAUUUUUGGGCACACUUAACUGUGGAUGGUGGGCUUGCAGGAAGGAACAAUGCACUCACCUUUUGGUCUAUGUGCGACAUUUUGGAUGGAGGAAACUGCAGAAAUUCCUUCCAAGAUGCAUUUCGCAAAAUGUAUGGA